UUUUGUAAAGGUGGGUGUUGCUGCGAGCAUAUACCGCUGUAGAUUACGUCUCUCUCUCUAUUGCUUGGUGAAGAAGAGGGUCUUUUGAUUGGUUUUUUCUUUCUCUACGGUAGCUAAUCGAAUCAAAAAGAUUUUUGGCCUUCGUCGUCUCUGUUUGCAACCCUAAACUCUCUCUCUCUCCGACACGUUUGUUUUGGAUCUCUUCCCAAAACUGUUCUUUUUUUUUUCUGUUUUGGUAAUAAUGCGACCGUUUAUGUCUGGCUCGAGAGCUUUGUUCAGCUUAAUUUCACGUCGAAACGCAAUCAGGAGCCCGAUCAAUCGCUCCGGGAUCGUUCAGAGCAGUUCAAUAUGGAAUCGAUUUCGCCGAUUUGGUUCUCUUCCGGGGGUGGAGAGAUGCUCGUCUUACGGUUUGAUGUCAAAUGAUGAUGAUGGUGGAAGAGUCUCUUUCGGUACUGGGAGCUUAAUUCAGAGACGGCAUUUUCUGGGUUGCGGAGAUGGGGAAGAAGGUGGUGGUGAAUUGUCAAAGAUCUACGAAGAGCGCCGUGUCUUGGGGUAUUCUCAGGAGCAAUUGUUUAAUGUAGUUCUAGCUGUAGACUUGUACCACGGCUUUGUUCCUUGGUGUCAACGCUCCGAGGUUCUUAAAGAAUAUCCUGAUGGCUCUUUCGACGCUGAACUCGAGAUUGGUUUCAAGUUUCUUGUCGAGAGUUACAUCUCCCAUGUUGAGUUCGAAAGACCCAAAUGGAUUAAGACAACAGCGAGAGACACCGGCCUGUUUGACCAUUUGAUCAACCUCUGGCAGUUCAAGCCAGGUCCCAUUCCAGGAACCUGCGAGCUUUCUAUUCUUGUCGAUUUCAAAUUCAACUCACCUCUCUAUCGCCAGGUGGCUUCGAUGUUCUUAAAAGAGGUAGCAACAAGGCUCAUUGGGGCGUUUAGUGACCGAUGCCGACUUGUGUAUGGUCCUGGAGUUCCUGUCGAUGCAAACUCAUAUGAACAAAAAGCUUGAUACAUAUAAUCCUAUAAUCUAUUAAAUGAAACUAACAAUUAUCAGAUUAUGAAUCAGUGAUGAUCACAACGCACAUGCUGACGUAUGUGGUAGCAUAACUUGUAGGAAUAAGCUUUCAAAAGCUUUAAAAAUGAAGUAGGGAGGAAUUCGAUUAGAUAGAAAUUGAACAUUGUAAAGGGGAAAUCAGAGAUGUUAAGGUGUCAGUC